AUGUAUUAUGCUGAAGAAUAUUCACCACCAAGAAUUCCUUAACUUAAACCAUUAGCUAUAAUAGAAUAAGAUGAACUUAUGACAUUAAAAUAAAAAAAAUUAGAAUUAGAACUUAAAUUAAAAUAAAAAGAAUUAGAAAUCAAGUAAAAUUCAAAAUAAGAUUAAAAUGAAGAAUAAGAGAACACUAUUUUAAAAAUAUAAUAACCUCAAGAAUUUAAAAAAGGAAAAGGUGGAGGUUAAAAAACUAAGUAAACAGGAUAAUAAUAAUAAUCAUCUUCUACAUUGGCAUAAAUGAAAGAGGCUGAAAGAGUUGAGAAUGAAAAAAAAGAAAUGUUAUCUAAAAUAGCAUUUUUAGAAAAAGAAAAAAAAUUACUUUAAAAUUAAUUUGAUUAAAUGAAAGAAUCUAUAAGAGCUGAUAAUGUUUAACUUAAAGAAUAAGCUAUUAAAAGUAAGAGUGAAGCUAAUACAUUUUAAAAAUAAAAAGAUGAUAUUGAAAAUGAAAAAAAUGCUAUACUAAAAGAAAAUAGAAAAGUCAAAUAAGAAAUGAAAAUUUGGUAGGAUAAAUAUAAUGAUUUAGUUAAAUCUGCUGCAGAAGCUGAAGCUAAAAUAAAAGCUAAUAAAGAUGUUGUUAAUGAAAGAGAGGAAAAAAUUAAAUGGAUUGAAGAUAGAUUAAAAAAAGAAGAAGAAUAACAUAAAAAAACAUAAGAAAGAUGUAUGGUCUUAGUUAAUGAAAUUAAUUCAUUAAAAAGAGACUGUGAUAAUUUUAGAAAAGAUAAAGAAAGAUUAUUAGAUGAAAUCUAAUAAAUUAAUCAAAAACAUACUCUAAAGUAUAGUGAUUUAAAUGAAUAAGUGCUUCUUUAUUAAAGAGAAUUAAAUGAAUAAAAAUUAGGAUAAUCAGAAUUUAAAAGAUUAUUAGAUCAAAAGAGCAAUAGAAUUAAAGAUUUAGAAUUUGAAAGAGAAAGAUUAUUAGUUAGAGUUCAAGAUUUAGAUAGAUUAGAACAUAAAUUAGGUGCUAGAGAUAGAGAAAUAAUUGAAUUAGAAGUUGAAUUAGAUAGAGUUAAAAGAAUGAGAGGAACUCAUAUUGUUGAAAAAAUAGUACAUCCAAUUGGUUAUGAAAUACCUAGAGAAGUUCCAGUCUAUCCUCCUUAGUAAGAUAAUGAUGUUGUAAAGUUGAGGGAAGAUCUUUUAUAUUUGAAAUAAGAGAAAGAAAGAGCAUUGGAUGAAGCUGAAUAUUGGAAGAAUAGAUAUUAAGAUUUAGAAUUAGCAGAAGAUAGAGCUAUUAAUUUAAUGGCACAUCAGAAUAAGAAUGAAUCUGAUCUAAAUGUGAAAUUAUAAGAAGCUAGAAGUAUUAUGUUUACAAAAGUUAUGGGUUUAAUUAAUGAUUUAAGUAAAUUAAGAAGAACAUCUUUGUCUAAUGAUGUAAAAGAAGCAAUAGAACAAGUACUUAAUAAUCACAAUGAUAUUUUAAAAUACAUAAUGACUUAAUGA